CUCGGAAGGUCUGUGGGGACACUUUGGGGUUUGAUUCGAAGGUCCGUCUGUUGCGCCAGCUUGAAAAUUCAAAGCGAGAGAGAUCUGAAUCAAGAUAAUUGGGUUACAUCUCCACCCUGAUCGCUCGAGAAAAUGAUCCGAUUCAUAUUAUUGCAGAACAGACAAGGGAAGACUCGUCUUGCCAAGUACUAUGUCCCUCUCGAAGAAUCCGAGAAACACAAAGUCGAAUACGAGGUUCAUAGGUUAGUGGUGAACCGCGACGCAAAAUUCACCAAUUUCGUUGAGUUUAGAACACACAAGGUGAUAUACAGGCGUUACGCUGGGCUGUUUUUCUCCGUGUGCGUGGAUAUAACGGACAAUGAGUUGGCUUACCUUGAGUGCAUCCAUUUGUUUGUCGAGAUUUUGGAUCAUUUCUUCAGCAAUGUCUGUGAGCUUGAUUUGGUCUUUAACUUCCACAAGGUAUACUUGAUACUUGAUGAAUUCAUUCUUGCUGGAGAACUCCAAGAAACAAGCAAAAGGGCGAUCAUCGAGAGGAUGUCAGAACUCGAGAAGCUAGAAGAUUUGCUUUUGCGAUGCUUUGCUGAGUUCAAGACAACAAUGGUGAUGUUAAGAUUUGUAAAAGGAUAUGUCGAGAUCAUCAUCCUAAAUUUGUUUUAUCUGUGAGAAAUGUUUUGUAUUAGCUUAUACUAUCUGAGAUCAUCCUAAACCAAAUUGAUAUGCUACUG